AUGCAAACACGUUCAACAUUAGAUACAAGUUCAAAUAAUUUAUUUACGAAUAUUGAACGAUUAGGUACACGUGAUUUAUUAUUCUAUGGACAACUUUCAUAUGAUACUAUAUUAACAUCAAUCCAAAGCAAUAAUACAUUACCAUUAUCAGUUAAUGUAUUUCAAAAUGAUGAAUCUGUAUCGGUUGAAGCUGUUUAUUGUUUUCCUAUCGAAGAAAAUGCAGCCAUUUAUGGUUUCGUAGCUCGCAUAGAUGACGAACGUGAAAUUGUUGCUGAGAUCAAAGAGAAAAACGCAGCACAACAAGAAUAUACACAAGCCCUUGCACAAGGUUAUGGCGCUUAUCUAUUAGAGCAAGAUGAAGCUUCAAAUGACAUAUUCACUAUUAGUGUGGGAGCGUUAAAGCCUGGUAGCCAAUGUCAUAUUACAAUUAGUUAUGUGAGUGAACUCGAUUUGUUGCAUUCUAGCAAAAAACCAACAAUUCGUUUCGUUGUUCCUACUACAAUUGCUCCGCGUUACUCACCUUCACACAAAGACGUUCGACGAAAUACAAUUGCAGCCAUUGAUAAUGGUGCUGUUAUGAUUUCAUUCAUACCAAGUGAACAGGAUUGUCGACAAGACUCCAAUAAUGUGACGAAUGAAUUUUUUUUCGUAAUUGAUUGUAGUGGUUCGAUGGCAGGUGAUGACAAGAUUGGUCUAGCACGUAAAGCAAUGUUACUUUUUCUCAAGAGUCUGCCAGUCAAUUGUCGUUUCAAUAUUAUUCGUUUUGGAUCUAAAUUCUCAGCACUUUUUACUGAUCAAGUAACUCGAGAGUAUAACAAGGAAAAUAUGUGUCAAGCUGAAGCGAUGAUCAAGGAUAUGGGAGCUGAUCUUGGUGGCACAGAAUUACUCAUGCCGCUACGCUGGUUGAAGGAAAAUAAACCACCUGCAAGUUGUGUAAGACAAAUCUUUCUAUUAACGGAUGGAGAGGUUUCUAAUGUAAGCGAAGUAACAAAUCUCUGUCGUGAUAUGGCCGCAUAUACGCGUAUUUUCUCAUUCGGUUUGGGUCAUUCACCAAGUCGUGCCCUUGUUAAAGGUUUAGCUCGUGCUACCAAUGGUUACUUUAAUUUCAUUGCUCCACAUACAAAUGUGGACAUCUAUGUUGCUGAACAGCUUGCUCGUGCCUUGCAACCAAGUAUCGCCGAUGUAUACGUCAAAUGGAAUACAAACCAACGUAUCCUUUAUAAAGUACCCGAACAUGCUCCACCCGUAUUUGUUGGAGAUCGAUUACUUUUCUAUGCUUUGCUCGAUGAGACAAUGCCAUUUGAUCACACAACAACUGUUGAAUUAUUUGUUGGCAUGCAACAGCAACCGAUUGGUUUAGCUCGUAUAGAUCACGUACCAUCAGUACUUGGUUCACAAUUUGUUAUGCGUUUGGCAGCAAAAGCAUUACUUCGUGAACUUUGGAAUGAUCAAAAAACCAUAGACAAAGAACUUCUUGUUAAUAUUUCAAUCAAGUAUGGCAUUCUAUGUCCAUAUACCGCAUUUAUUGGUGUUGAAAGACGUUUCAAUACUAACAAUGAAAGAAUAUGUCCUGUAGCUAUGACUUGUUGGGGUCAACAAGUUAUAGCCUCUAUGGUCUACAAUACCGAAAAACUUAACACUUCUGAUUCAAAACCUGUAACACAUUCAACACGUGACGAUAUUAAUCAAUCAGUACAUAAUUCAAGUUCUUCUAACAGUCAGACAUCAAAGAUGAUCUGGCCAAUAGACGAACAGAAAUUGGUUGAUCGCUUUAUUGAAUUGCAACAAUACAAUGGUCUAUGGAUGUUAACAGCAGACGAUGUUCAUCAAUUGACAGGAAAAUCUCUCGCUAUCUUCUCAUCAUCAGUGAUUGAAAAACUUGAGAAGAAUAUUCAACAAUCGGUAAUAACCACGGCAAUAGUUAUCAUUUUACUUGAAACUCGAUGCCUUGCUUUGAAAACACUUUGGCAAGCCUUAUCGAACAAAGCAUAUAAAUCUUUAAAAGAUUUACUAGAUGGAGACGAGUCCAAGGUGGAACAAUUAAUGAAAGACAUUCGUCAUCAAUUGCAAUGA